AUGAGAAGAUAUAAGGCAAAGACCAAUAUAGAAGUUAAUGGACAAAAGGGUGAUGGAGGAAUCAAGAACCAUGGAGUUAAUGAUUUCAUGGCUCAGAAGAAUCCGAUACAAGGAGCAUCGUAUACGGCAAGUCCUAGUGAAGUAGAAAGGCGAAAGGAAGAAAACAAAGUUCAUGAUAUGAGCGAGACCUUUUUGGCAUCUGAUGCGCCGGAGCUGGUUGUAUUUAUUCAAGAGAGUGAUUAUCAGUCAAUCAAGGAUAUUUUCAUAGACAGGGAAGUUCCUUCGCGGAAUCGACUGAAGUAUAAGGGUAUCUAUUCCAAGUAUAAUACAGAUGUGAAUGGUGAUAGUGAAGAACCUGGAAAAUCUCUUAGUAUAUUGUCAUCUAUUUCCAAUGAGAUUGAACAAGAUUUUCAGAAUUAUGCAAGGAAAAGGCAUGCUCUUGAGGACUUAAUGAAGGAUGAUGAUGAUGAAGAUUCCGAAGGAAGAGACGUUCACUCGCAUGAUAAGACUACCAUGAGCAACCUUGAGGAAUUUUUACAAGGUUCAGAGUGUCAACAGCCUCAUAAAACCGAAGGCUUACCGAGAAGCCUAACAGGCCUGAGUCAAAGCAUCGUUAACAAAAUGGCUUCUGGUGAUUGUGGUUCCAUUGCAGCGAGUCCAAUACCAUGUUCCGGUAGCAUGUCUCUGCGGUCAAGUAGUAGCACUGCCAGCUCUCAUUCUUUUGCUUUUCCCAUAUUGCCAACGGAAUGGAACGGCAGCCCGGUAAGAAUGGCAGAAGCUGACCCGAGACGGCCGAAGAAGCACCAAAGUUGGAAAACCUGUUUUCUCUGCUGAUUCUAAAACAUCAUGAUUUUCAACAAUGGUGUCAUAUUAGAAAGAUAAAAUUAGCAAUGACGUUUGUCAAUUGUCAUACAGAGUGUUCUUUUACCUUCCAGCAUUAUCAUUCAACAAAUUGUGAAGUCUGUUGGGUGCAAAAACAAAUAAGACAAAGCUCGUCUCUUUUUCUUUCAUUAUACUGUCUAUGACUGGUACAAAAAAAAAAUUAAUAUUUAUACAAGUCAGUUCUGUUUUUUGCCA